CCAACGGAUGUAAAGUCCCUUCCCGGUCUGAAUUUGGAGAUUUUCGGCUUCCUUCACCUCAGUGAUUUGAGCAAUCCACCCGUGGCCAGUCGGCACCAGGUUCGUGUGGCUUCCGACGCGGAGGAUAAGACUUUUCUCUCACUCCUGUUGACUGCCAUGCAGAAUACAAAAACCGUCGCAAUGUGCAGUCUGUUCAUUCACGAGGCUACAGGUUCCCACAAACCGUCCGGACCGAGUCCACGACUGUGGCAUCAUGGUUUUGUGCAUCAUUACGACCAGAAACUAUCCGUCUUGUUACUAUCCGUUUUUCACGAAAAUUGCACUGGCCUGCCAUGGAUCGGACAAUUUCAACAUUUGGCUCCAGUCACUGACUUUGCUGGAACACAGUUGUAUGACGAUCGGGACGGGAGUUCGCCGUUCCCUGUCCGGGUACCAGAUCGUUUGAGCUACGUUCCAGAAACUGCGGCCCCCGCUUGUCCUGGUGGAGCGGGUACUGUUCCCCCCGCAGAACCGUUCCGUUAUGUGUCCUGGGUCUCACCGACCACGCUAACUGUGGAUGUGAACAAACUGUUGCGCUUGGGUCGUCGUUUACCGGAUAAAGCUGCACUGUUUUUUAAGGAGUUCACGCGGUUACGAACUGCCGCAUUGGCCUACGGUUGCCCGGACCUGCUGAACGAGGUUGUGGAACUGACCAAAGCCUCGUAUCCGGCAUUUGCGGAUGGGACUGCCUCGGAAACGUUAACCACACAUUUGAAAACAAUGUCUCGCAUGUUGGCUGAACCUGAUUUUCGCCCCUCUUGA